AUGCCGGCCGGUCAAAGAGCAGGUGAGGACGCCCGCUCAGAGCAGCAAGUGUUUGCCAUGCCACAUGGGAAGGCUUUGAACUCCCCCCUGGUCUUCCUCCUCAGUCUCACCAUCGUUACCGGGGGCCGAGGUCACUUUUACCCCCGCUUCUCACGCAAUGACACCGAAUUCCAGCACCUGGUGCUCCACCCGGACCCCUCCGCGGGGACAGUGUACGUGGGGGCCCGGGACCACCUCUUCCAGCUGGACGGGCUGGACGGGCUCCGGCUGGAGCAGGAGGAGGCCACCGGUCCGGUGAGGGACAGCAAAGACUGCCUCCCCCCGGUCACAGAGUUCAACUGCCCGCAGGCCAGAAGCACCAGCAACCACAACAAGCUGCUGCUGGUGGACGCCAGGGCCUCGGAGCUCAUCACCUGCGGCAGCGUCCACCAGGGCACCUGCCAGAAGCGCAGCCUGGACUCCAUCGGGCGGGUCCUCUUCUCCACCGAGAGGCCCGUGGACACGCAGUACGUGGCGGCCAACGACCCGCUGGUGUCCACCGUGGGGCUGGUGGUGGAGCUCCUCGGCGGCGAGCGGACGGUGAUGUACGUGGGCCGCGGCUACACGGCCAGCCACCCGCCCAUCUCCACCCGCCACCUCUCCUCAGAGCCCGUCUUCUCGUACGAGGAGACGGCCAAGCUGGCCGUGGCCGGCCGCCUGUCGGAGUACGACCACCACUUUGUGACGGCCUUCACGCGGCGCUCCUACGUCUACUUCCUGUUUUACCGGCGGGACAUCAAGUCGGUGUCCAGGGAGUACCGGACCUACGCCGCCCGGGUGUGUCUGGAGGACUCCUCCUACUACUCAUACGUGGAGGUUCCUCUCGUGUGCCGGUCCCAGUCCGCCCCGUCCAGGACCUACAACCUGCUGCAGGCAGCCCAGGUGGGGCAGGGCGCGGGCGUGCAGGGCGAGGAUCUGCUGGGAGUCUUCUCCAGCCGCCUCAGCUCAGCAAACAGCAGCCCCUUGGACUCCUCGGCUCUGUGCGUCUUCCAUCUGGAGGAGCUGGACAGACACAUCGACUCCACCCGCGACCUGUGUUACACCCAGAACGGCUGGGUGGAGGGGACUGGGGAGAUGGCCUACAUAGAGUACGAGGUCAAGUCCAGCUGCGCCAACCUGCCCAUGAACACCCUGAAGGCCUACCCCUGCGGCUCCGACCACACCCCGAGUCCGAUGGCGAGCAAGGUGGCGCUGCAGGCCGACGCCGUGUGGCACACGUCGGCCGCCCGGCUCACCGCCAUAGCCGUCAGCGUCAGGGAGGGACACAGCAUCGCCUUCCUGGGAGACUCCAGAGGGACUCUCCACAAGGUAUAUCUUGGCCAAGAUGGUGUCGUUGAGGUGUACGCAAACACAACGAUACAUCCCAACACCCCCAUCAACAGCGACCUCGUACUGGAUCAGCACGGAUCACACAUCUACAUCAUGACCAAAUCUGCCGUAGAGAAGCGCCCCGUGGCUGAAUGCGGAGACUACUUGGACUGUCAGUCCUGUCUGUCUGCCAGAGACCCGUACUGUGGCUGGUGUGUCCUGGAGGGACGCUGUGGCCAGCGGUGGGAGUGCCAGCGAGGGAGCGUGCAGGGCCAGUGGCUGUGGAGUUUCAACCAGACGCAGCAGUGCCUCGCCAUCCAGCACCUCAGCCUCUAUAACAUCAGCCGGGGGGUGAAAACCGACAUUGCGCUAUCGGUAGAAGGCCUUCCCGGUCUACAACAAGGAGAGGCCUAUUCUUGCUUCUUCCAGGACACAGAGUCUCCUGCUCUGCUCACCACCUCCGGGGUGAUUUGCUCCACCCCUGAUGCCAGCAGUUUGCCUCCCAUUCGUCACGGAGAUGGUGAGUGUUCACAGUGCCACGGCUGUGUGAACAGUCGCUGGGGCUGUAACUGGUGUAUUCACCAGCACGUCUGCACGCAUGAGCGCACAUGCAGUCAAGGAGUCGCCAUCUUCAACCGAAAU